GUAAGGAGUCAGGCUUAGCGAAGGCCGAGGCCAUUGAACGGGUAUCGGCGUAGGAAGGGUUUUCAGGAUGGAACCCCUGGAAAAGCUGGAUGAAGAUUUUGAUUUGGACAGUGAUCAGGAUUGUGAUCUGAGGCCAAUUGAUAGUGAUGACAGUGAUGACGAAUUCUCGCCGGAUCUUAUUCAACGCCUCCGGAGAUUUGGAACACAACUUCCGCCGAAGAAACGCAAGCGUGAAAAGAAAGAGGCUGAGGAUGACUUUGAGAGGGAGGUAAACGCCGAGCUGGCCGUCUCGCUGGCGGCUCACUGCCGGCGGAUAGCGGGCGGGGCGUCCGGCGCGCUGCCGCCCGCGCCACCGCCUCCCCUGGCCGCGCCGCCGUCCGGCACCGGCGCCGCCGCCGCACCCGCCGGCGCUGGCGAAGAACAGCUGUACUACGACGACGUGUACUUCGACUCGGACGACGACUCAGCGCCCGAGGACGGCCCGGCCGCCGCCGACUCUGUCGCUCCGGCUGGCGCUCCCGCCGACUCUGCGACUCCUGCCUCCGCAGGUUCUGCGGCUCUCGCGGCAGGAGCUGCCGCUUCUACUGAAGCGGCGGGCGGCAGCGGCGGCACCCCGGUAGCAGACCCCAACAGCAGGCGGUCGGAGCGCCGCCGCCGCCGCCGCCCCGUGCUCACCAACGACCAGCUGCUGUACGACCCGGCCAUGGACGACGAGGACCAGCAGUGGGUGGACCGCCAGCGGCAGCGCUACCUGCCCGCCCGGCCCAGCGGCUCCGGCGACCUGCAGGCCAAGCCGCAGAAGCUGCCGCGCAGCGACGCCGUGCUCAACUGUCCGGCCUGCAUGACCAUGCUCUGUCUCGACUGCCAGAGGCACGAGCUGUACAACAACCAGUACCGGGCCAUGUUCGUCUUCAACUGCGCCGUGGACGAGAGCGAGGCGCUGCGCUACAGACUGAAGGAGCCGCCGCGGCGGCGAGGCCGGCGCGGCGCGCAGCCGGCGCCCGCCGCCGACGGCGAGGCGCAGCAGCUGUACAACCCGGUGCGUUGCGUCACCUGCCGCACGGAGGUGGCCGUGUACGACACGGACGAGGUGUACCACUUCUUCAACGUGAUAGCGAGUCACGCGUGAGCGGCGCGCGCGGCCCCGACGGACGCGCGAUUGUGGGUGUGCCGGGCGGCGUUUGUGGCGCGGCUCGGGCGGCCGGGCUCCGCUCGCGCCCCGCCACUCGGUGACUGGCGCCGUACUCCGCGCGACGUGGCCACGGAAGGCGCGGUGUAGUGGGGUGCCCGAGCAGGCCGACAGAAAACUCCGGUCGAAAAGGGUCGCAUGAGUGCUGUUUUUCUCGUGCUUCCGGGAUGAGACGGACCGGUUGCUCUCGAGGAUGACACCGUUGGAUUUUGUUAUGUGAAUUUAAGACAUAUUUCGUGGUUAAAGGAGGCUUCAGACUUAUCUCUGACGAAACAACUUAGCCGGCAAAAGCGUCGUAGGAACGAUGGACAGGAGUGUAUUCGAAAUGCUCCCUGUUGAGCAAGACGUGAGCAUCUCGCGUGUUUGGGCAUAUUCGCUACGAGAACGAAAGCUAGCUCGAUUCUAUCGCCGUUUUUCAUAAAAAGGGCCACGAUUGCGGCAUCGUUAUGAUAUUGAAAAGGGGGCGGGGGGAGGGGGCGUUCGCCCGGCGUGCUGCUGACCGUGUGCCCGUGGCCACGGAGCCGGCUCACACACCCAGGUUCGCACGCCGCCAGGCGGGCGCCUGAGUCACCGCUGGUGGCAUGAAGUUCUCGGGUGGCCGCCAGAACCCCAACUGUUUGAAUUCAUUUCUGCUGCUCAAAGGUCGUGUACUCCUGUACCGCGUCAGGGGAAAACGGGAACUACUUCAACAUCGGACCGCAUCGCGCACUGCAUGCGUGAAGCCCCACAGAAUCCUCAGCCGUGUUCUCGCGGGUCCGCGGUUACGCCUACUGUUUGUUUUGCCUUGAACAUGUGUGCUGUGCCUCAUGAAGCCGUAAAGGGCGUUCGGGUCGGAGGUGAAACUCAUCUUGUGCGCAUUUUGUAAAGAGAGUGAGCGCCAUGUGAUGUUUCUCAUGCAAUGCCAACAUAAAAACAGUGUAGGCACCUCACUGA